UGACCCACUUAUGUGCAUUUCCUUGUGUCAGCUCCCAUAUCAAUGCCGUUUGGUUUCUCCAUUACUAACAAAUUAACUCCCCCUAUCCCAUGAUGUGACAUUUUUAUUGAUCAUUUUGAACUCUGUAUGCACCCAAAAAAAAGGCAGAGUUGACUUAUUUUUCACAAGACAGUCAUGAUAAUUAAUUUGAAAGUCCAGAACCAGAAGAUAAAAAUCUCUUGAAAGUAUAGUAUCUUUUUUUUUUUUUUUUUUACUACCCAAAACCUCCCCAAGUUUAUCUUUACAUUUCCUCUCUUCAACUCUGCCCGCCUUCACAACCCACAACCCAAAAUCGUUUCUACACAAUUCGAGGGUUUCCAUUUUCAUGCACUUUUUAUUAAAAAAAUAUAUCAUUGUAGGUUAGAGUGGGCAACGUUUAUGAGCACGAGAUCACGUUACUCUAUACAGUUUUGCAGUGAUUCGAGUAGGAUUCAACCCAUGGAUACUGCUCUCAAAUUUGGUCUUCUGUUGCUGCUUCUCGGAUUUGUGAAUGCUUCUACUAAAAAUGAUUUUAGGCAGUGUGAAAGAACUGUCAAAAACUGGGCACUUUCUUCCCUUGAUCAAGAAGUAAAAGAAGACAAACAUACACUGCAAGAUUUGUUGUUUUUUCUACACGUUCCCAGGACAGGAGGCCGUACUUACUUCCAUUGUCUUCUGAAAAAGUUGUACUAUAACUCUCUGGAAUGCCCCCGUUCUUAUGACAAGUUGCGUUUUGAUCCAAGUAAAACAAAGUGUAGAUUGUUGGCCACUCAUGAUGACUAUAGCAUGAUCUCUAAACUUCCAAAAGUGAAAACGUCAGUGGUUACAGUACUUAGAAAUCCAAUUGAUCGUGUAUUUAGUACUUAUGAAUUUUCAGUAGAAGUUGCUGCCAGAUUUUUGGUGCAUCCUAACUUAACUUCUGCCACACAAAUGGCUGCACGCUUGCGCUCUAAUAGUUCUGGAGUUAGCACUCUUGAUAUAUGGCCGUGGAAGUAUUUGGUUCCAUGGAUGAGAGAAGACCUAUUUACUCGGAGAGAUGUCCGAAAACAGAAGGCCACAGUGGAGGUUAACGGCAAUGAUUCAUACAACAUGGAGGAUUUUGUAAUGCCAUUACAAGAUUUCAUCAAUAAUCCAACUUCUCAGGAUAUUGUUCACAAUGGAGCAACAUUUCAGGUUGUAGGAUUGACCAACAACUCAUAUUUAGCAGAAGCACAUGAAGUUCGCCACUGUGUGCUGAAGUUUAAGACUCUUGGUGAUUUUGUGCUUCAAGUUGCAAAGAAGAGGUUAGAUGAAAUGCUAUAUGUUGGUCUCACAGAGAACCAUAGAGAAUCGGCAAACAUUUUUGGAAACGUGGUUGGUGCACAGGUGAUUUCCCAGAUGGUAGCAUCAAAAUCUAGUAUAAAGGGUAACAACAAAUCAGAACAUAGCUCUUCAAUUUCAGAUCCUGAGCCUGAUAAUAAUUAUCAUCAGAAUAGCACUUCUGACCAAAGGUCUGUUGAGAUCACUGAAAAAGUCAAAACAAUAAAAGAUAAUAUGACAGUUGGAAAGCUAAUGCAAGAUUAUGAAGCGUGCAUUUCUUCCUUACGAAGUUCCCAAGCAACUAGACGCAUUAAUUCUUUGAAGAGAAUCUCACCUGUAAACUUUUCAAAGGAGGCACGUCUCCAAGUCCCAGAAGAGGUUCUGCAGCAGAUAAGAUCCCUUAACAGCCUUGAUUUAGAGCUUUAUAAGUAUGCUCUGGAUAUCUUUGAGAAACAAAAGCAGAAAUUACCUUCAACUGAUAAAGUGGGAAGCUAUGGAUUGGACGGGAAGCUGGAGAGCAUGUUCAACCAUUCUCAUGGAAUCACGUUUUGGCUAGGCCUUUUAUUGUGCACUUCCAUUUUCUUACUAAUCUUCUUCUUUCUAUUUGUAAAUGCUAGAAGAACAACAUCCAAAGUUAAAAUAUAAAAUUUUGUUUUUCUA